GAUUCUCUCCCUGGCAUCAUGAUUCUGUCUUCUAUUCCAUCUGUCUUUUCUGCUCCGUUUCUUUCAUGUUCCGAGUCAUUCUUGGGAAUUGAUUCAAUUUCUCCGUCUUGUAUCCUCCUUCCUCGCACUAUCAUAAACCUUGUCUGGGAAAACACAAAGCGGCUUCCAUUUUCCAACACAGCAAAUUGGAGGAAAUUGAUUCGCAACGUCAAAUGACUAUGGAAUCGUCUCUAUAUCACGGAGCGCUGCCCUUCGUUUCUGCGCCUCGUUUCUCCCUUUCUCCCUCUGGAAAAUGUCAAGUUUUUUUCUCUCUUUAUGUCACAGAUUUUCUCACGGUGCAAAUCCGUCAGGUUAAAGCGACCAGGAAUUUCACACCGCAUCAGGAACAGGCACGACCGGGAGCCAAUCAUACUAGUCCAACACACAUACUAUCGCUCAUUUUUACUAUACUUACUCACCCAAUUUCAUUAACCAAGGAAUCUUUAGGACACUGGGAAGACAUGGACAGCAAUGAGGACCGCCCAGGUUUGGAUAAAGGAUCGUUCGGCACGUUUGGCGUCUGAUGUCGAAAUGCCCUUCGCACUCGACGGAGAUGGCAAAAUGAUGUUUGGGGAUGGAAGGGUUACAAAUUGAGCUGAGCCAAGGAUCCCAAGACAUGAUUGGCUCAGCCGUCGUUAGCCUUUUCCUCUUUUUCUCUAAAAAAAUAAAAAAUGGAGCGACGACCGAGGAAAGGAAAGGAAAGGAAAACGCAACGAUUUCAUACAGCAUCCAUCCAUCAGCAGAAAACAGGUGAACGCCGCGACAUUCAUCCGACAAUCUCCUUAUUACAUCGCACAUCGUACUCAAUACCGCAACGCUCCCCCGGAAGACGUAUCAUUAGUUCAGAUUCUUGUUUUAGAGCAUCAUUUCAAGCUGCCCGGGCAUUUCCAUUGCCCCAAGGCCCACCAGUUGAUUCAACCAACGUGUUACAGUUACAGCAAGCAAGCAAGCAAGCAAGCAUUCUCACAUUGAUUCUUAUUUUUUAUUUUUACGACACAGCAUUAUUUCGCCCGCCAUCGGAUCCAACCCCCCAUUCUCUGUCCGAAGCCAUUCUAAUUCGACCUUAUUUUUGGAGCCGUGUAUUCUGACGGAAAAAUAGCCAACUCUUCUUUUUUGUUACAAUCCCAUUAUAACGCCCCAGCUGUUCUCACGAUCUCGUCAUUGGUUGCGUACAAUUCAGGUGAAGAGAGACUCCGAGACUGUCAAAACAAUUUGGGACCUCAACAGCGCGCGUCGAUAGAUGGGUUGCCACUACUAUCAUCCACAGACAUGAGCUCCUGGAUGAACGACGCUGCCGUCCAAAAUCACAAUGGCGCAGGCUUCAACCAUAUGAACGAAUCGAAUACCGGAGGAAACAUGAUGGACCCAUCGGGUUUUAUGCCCACUUCAUCAUCCUUUGAUCCCAAUCAGUUCCAGAAUCAACAAUUACAACAAAGAAUGCAAAAUGGUGGAAUGCGCAAUGGGUCGCCAGCCUUCAAUAACCCCGUGUAUCAAACCAAUCCUGUCAUUCCAUCAAAGAGACCAAGGCCAAGGGAAGAUAGUCUAGGUACAUCACCCAGACAAGCUUCUGGCAUGCUACCUGGAUCUCGCUCACAAACUCCACAACAAGCUGUCUAUCCCAAUUUUUCACCUAAUAAUGUCCCCCCACAACAUGCGCCUCAACAGACACCAUAUUCGCAUCUACAAAAUGGAUCGAGUAAUGCUAGUCCCUCUCCAAUCAUGGCUAAUCAGCUACGUCCUGGCGGUUUACCACAACGAGUUUCUACAGCUUCUCCUCAUCCGUUCUCGCCUUCACAAUCCGAUCAUGGUAGUCGAGUCGAAACACCACAAAGUAGUACAUUUGCCCAGAACACUCCCUACGCGCCUGCAUAUGGUCAAAAUUUUACUCCCCCACCAGGACGCACUUCGGCACCACCUCAAAGUGCGAUGUCAACGCCACAGAUGCCACCUACGAUGUCACAACCUCAAAUGUAUAAUCAACAGGCCCAGCCACCGAACCACCAAUCGCAACAAAAGAACACUUCUUUGGACCAAACCAGGCAAAUGUAUCAGAUGCGACUGCAACAAUCGCUUCAACAGCAGCAACAACAACAGCAGCAGCAGCAGCAGCAUCAACAGGGCAAUCUACAUGCUGCGCAACGACAGAACAUGUCUCCCAGUGUAAAUCCAUUGUCUCAAGGGCAGAUGAUGCAAGCACCAAAUGGUCAAUUCGCUGGCAUGCGACCUCAGCAAGCUCCGUUGGCCCAGAAUCAAAACCAGAACAAUUUUCUCAAAAGUUUGGCUGCUUUCAUGCAGUCAAAGGGUCUUCCUCUAGAAACAAAUCCAUUUGUAGGUGAUAGACAUAUCAAUAUUUAUGUUCUGUAUGUGGCAGUUACCAAAUAUGGAGGAUAUAGGAAUGUGACGGCCCAAAAUGCAUGGGGACAAAUCGCGCAAGCCAUUCAAAUACAUCCUUUGAGAUAUCAAAACGUACCUCCACAACUCAAGGCUCUAUAUGAGAGAAAUCUCCUUGCGUUCGAGGAGGCUUUUCAAUCCAAUAUGCAAAGGCAAAGAGCUGCUGCAAUGAAGCAGGGUGGUGCCAUUGGUGUACCUCAAAUGUCACCCACUAAACAAAUGCCUCCAUCAAACUCUAUGCAAGCAUCACAUUACAUGCAACAGCAGAUCGCCCAACAGCAACAUCUCCAACAGCAACAAACUACCCCCAUGAAGCAAAUGACACCUUUACAUCAUCCUCAACAACCUGUCAUGAAUGGUUUCUCAACUCCACAAGCCCCGCCAGUACAUCCUUUAGGAUCUCAAAGUCAUGCUAGGAAUAGUCUCUCGAGGAGUGUUGAGGCCACCCCACCGCAGAACACCGGUAUUUAUCCAGUACCGUCUCCAGCCUCGAUACCCAAGUCUGGUAGUAUAUCAUUGGCAUCACCUCAUCCUAACAUGGUGCCGGCAUUAGAUGAGCAAAACCAAGAUUUGCUAAUGAACGUAGUCCUUCCUGAGAAGCUGAAGGUCUUUUCGCGAAUUCCUGAUGAAAAUGGAGGCGCCCUCGAUCUGGAGGUUCUACGUGGCGAGGGGACUUCCUUGUUAAAAUUAAAGCCAGACUUUCCACCAUUGACUGAAAUUGGUACCAUCGACGUCCAUGCUUUAACCAUGAGCCUUCAAUCCGGACUACAUGCCGAAGUCCGUUUGGCUUUGGAUACUCUGGCCUUGGUGUCCUCGGAACAACGGCUACCAAUAGAGUUGAUGAAAUGCGAUGAUUUGGUCGAGACGCUGGUUGAUUGCGCCGAGGAUCAGAUUGAAUUGUUAGCCGAAAACGCGGCAGAGGUAUCGGAUAUGAUGCUCAUAAAUUCAUACGAAGAUGUCGUCCGCGCCUGCCAAGCUGAGAAGCAUGCCGUCCAAGAUAUUCCACCUUUUGGAUCGGAGGAAUACCAAGUCGACCGAGCAGUCGAGAAGCUGAUUUGCAUAACCAGUAUUUUGCGCAAUCUUUCAUUUCAUGAACCAAAUCUUUUGUUCCUAGCAGAAGAGUUUGUUAUUAAAUUCUUCUGCGUGGUAAUACGGUAUCUGGGAACUCGAAAUAUGCUGCUUAGGACCAACCAGAACACGCUAGAGUUCAUGAAAGACGGUGUUAUCUUACUGUCAAACAUUGCACACGAGAUCAAAUUACCUGGUCGCGAACAAGCAUUGUGUUUAUUGCAUUUCCUAUUAGCAUUCGCGCCCUGCCCGCCUCCAAACGUAAUGGGAUCCGAUAAAAUCACAUUUUCGCAGUACGACCCAACUAUCCAUUAUUAUAUCUAUCCUGCUGUCGAUAGUCUUGCCAAGCUUCUUGCGCGGGAUGAACCAAACCGAACCCAUUACAAAACGAUCUUUGCCUCUGACGUGUCUUCGUCUCCACCUUUUGACCUUCUGACAAGAACAUUUGCUCUGUCUAUCUCGGUGAUACCUGAUCAGCAAAAAGAUCCCAAACGGGGAACCUUUCUACCUCUGGUUGAAGCACGAAAGCCAAUGCUGAUGCAAGGCAUACUUGCUGCAGAACUUCUGGCAAACCUUGCACCGGGAUACGACAGUGGCAUUGCAAAAGCUUGGUUAACUUCAGAGGAUGGGUUUGCAAAGAAUCUUUCACACCUUGUAUUAACAUUAUGUCACGAAGCUCCACAAGGACCAUCGCAUGGCAGAGUUUCUGCCGUACCUAAAACGGCAGAGGAAGAGGCAAUGUUACAAAUAGUUCUUGGUGGAAUUGGAAUAUUACGCCGACUGGCUGAAAAGUCACGAGACCCCGAAGACCCGACUUCUACGAUACCCAUACCUGGAAUGCCAACGACGGAACGAAUAAUAAAACUACAUGAACGCAAACAGCCUAGGCUGAAAGAGGCAUUGCGACAAUUGUGCACUUUUACAAGUCUUGGCUAAUGAACGGUUGGGUUUUCAUCAAUGUAUUAAGGUUCAUAGACGCAUGAAUUAAUAGCGUA